AAUACAAUUUAGGGGUAUGCAUGCUAUGUUUUUUCUUUGAAGGCCUACGUGAGAAAAUAAGAAAAGUCUAGGGACUUAACAUUGGGUUUUGCCUUAACAGCCUUUGUGCCAACGUUUUUUCUUGCCUUUACAGCUUGCGGUCUCUAGUGCUUGAAAGUGAUUCCAAUCAGGGGGAUUGCUGAGGUGAAAAGAGGGAUGGAGUCAACCCACAAGUUUGGUGCUUUAGUAGUUGAGAUUCAUGGUUUACCGGCUGGGAUGGAUAGUUUUGGGUUUUCUCAUUUUGGGCAUGAGGCUAAUGUCUGUAUUCAUAACUUAGCUCGCCUAGCACCUGACGUGGGGUGUGAGAUGAUUUGGAUAGGGGCUGCACAUGGUUCUGUUUCCCCUACUCAUUGAACACUGAAAUAUUUAUCAUCACUGAAAUUUGCUCUUUCAUCAGAAAAACAAAAAAUGUGAGCGUUA